GGUCCAAGUGUUAUCUAUGGGAGCGAGCGAUAGUAGCCAGUGACGGUAUGGAAGCCAAGCACAACGGGACCACUCUUGUACUCAAGAUGAAGGAUUACUGUCCAUCAAACGAAUGCUCUCUGGCAAAAGGAAUCGUAGUUUGUACGUUACUGUCGCUUCUAUUCAUUGGAAGUUUCAGUGGAGCUUGCCUGAUGUGGUUCACAGAAAUAUAUUACGACGAGAUAAUUAAUCAACUAACGAUCAGAGAUGGCUCUGACGUAUACGAAGCCUGGAGGAAGCCUCCAGUAAAGCCACUGAUAUGCGUACACGUCUUCAACUACACCAAUUUUGAAGAAUAUGCGAAAAAGAUAGACAAAAAGCUUAAAAUUGAAGAGGUUGGGCCUUACUGCUACAGGGAAACAUUAGAAAAGAAAAAUGUAACCUUCAGUGAAGAUGGGAAAAAAGUAACUUAUGGUGACACCAGGAAGCACAAGUUCGAACCAAGUCACUCUAAAGGAAGUAAAGAUGAUAUACUUGUAGUCCCCAACUUAGCUUUAAUUGGCACUAUUGCUGUAACAAAGGACAUGAAUAGAUUUUCUCAAAUAGCACUUUCAUAUUUUCUGCGCUCACUGCUCCGUUAUUCCAAUUCAAUGAUAACUGUAAAGGCACAUGAUUUCAUAUUUGGCUAUGAUGAUAAACUUGUUGAGCUAGGCCUCUAUGUAGCCAAGCUACUUCAGAGAGAUGUUCCUUUUGAGAAGUUGGGGAUAUUAUCUCAGCGAGCCGCGGAUACUGAUGACACUAUUACAGUUUUGACUGGUACAAAUGAUAUUGAAAACAUUGGAAUUGUAUCUGAAAUAAAUGGAGAAGAUAGGCUCUAUGUAUGGCCAGAAGAAGAAUGCAAUAGAAUUGACGGAAGUGAUGGUGCUUUCUUUCCGAGGCACACUUUAAACAACAAUGUUACUCUUUACCUUUUCCACAACAAUAUGUGUCGUAGAAUGCCAUUUGUCUAUGAUAAAGAAGUUUUAUUUCAAGGAGACGUGACUGCCAUGCGCUUUCAUGCUGCACCAGAUGUUUAUAAUACCAAUGGUACUUGCUACUGUCCAGAAAGCGGAUGUGCUCCUUAUGGGCUGUUUGAUCUAUCUCCUUGUUCUGAAGGUAUUCCACUUUUAGUUUCUUUUCCACAUUUCUUAAAUGCUGAUCCGUCAAUUAGUGAGCCUUUUGAAGGUCUUCAUCCUGAUUCUGAAAAGCAUGAAUUUUACAUCGACAUUCAGAGGUUACUUGGUUUCACUUUGGGUACAGUUUCCAGACUUCAGAUGAAUAUGAGGAUUGAAAAAAGUAAAUACACCAACUUACUGAAAGAAUUUCCCAAUAACCUCAUACUUCCUCUCUUCUGGAUACAAGUGUCAGCAGAAGAAAUGCCUCCAGAAUUGUACAACAUUAUUUAUCAUUCCACAUUUACCGUGAAGAGGAUGCAAGUAGUUUUAAGGUGGGGAUUGCUGUUGUUUACAUUACUCUUGCUUUACUUUCUGGUUGUAUAUUCACGUCUACUGAUCGGAACAAUUAAAAGAAAAACGGAAGAGUUGAAAGACAAAAAAUCUACCUGUUGUCAAGAAAUGUUACCAAAACAUAUAGAUAUUAAAACUGGAACAUGUGAAAUAAGCAGGGUAUGAGUGCAACAAGAAUGUUAAAUAUAUAUAUAAUAAAAAGAAAAUGACGUAUUAGGAAGUACGUAAAUGACUGGCUAUCAUUGCUGUACUAACAUUUAAAAUAAACUUCAUGGAUAAAGUAGGUUUUUCUAAAUAUUACCAUAAUAUUUUUUAAAAUAUAAAAUCGGCAUGAAAAAAAAGGCGGGGAAUUGCCUCAAGUGAGCAAAAGAAGCAGUCUCGAUAUUCAUGUAGUUAAAAUUAAGAGAUGAAGGUGGAAUGAUGAGUAAUAAUAGCAUGUUUCAUUCACAAAUAUUGAAUAUUUCUCGAGACCUAUAUUCAUAAUCAUAAGCACGUUUAAUGUAAAGAAAUUAAAUUAAAAAACUAAAGCCUUAAAAAUUCAAUUUUUAUUGGUUAACUAUCUUAUCAUAAUAAUAGUAGCAAAUUAUUAACAUUUAUUUUUAGCUAAAAGUUAGCAGAAAUUUCCAGUUGUUAAUAACCUUAAAAAAAUAUUAUAGAGAUAGUUCAUAGGGUCCAUACAGAUGUGUCACAUUAUUCAUCACAAAAGACUGAGUGAUAUAGUAAAAUUUAAACUGUUUAUUGUAUAUAGAUAUAUAUAUUUGCUCAAUUGACGAUAUUUUAAUAUAGUUUAGAUGGUAGUUUUAUAUGUUUGAGAUUAAUUUAGUAUCCACAAGUUCUACAUCACUAGCAGCCAUGGUCAAUUAAGUUAACCAGUAAGAAACAUUUUAUGUCACAUUCUUGUCUACAUUAAUAUUUUAAGUAUUAAUGUGAUUAAAUAUUGUAAAAAUGUGAUUUGUUUUGAGUUCCUUAAAUAAACUGAAAUGAGCAAUAUCUUAUUAUCAUAUUUUAAUUUAAAAAAUUUCAGUACUAGUAUCUUUUAUGGAUUCUUAUUCAAAUUUAUAUUAAAAACAACUUAAAACUGUAUAUUAAUCAUAUUAACAAUCUUCUAUAAAGCCAAAGAGUGAUAUAUGUAUAUAAGCGACGAAUGUAUUUUUUUUAAUAUGAAAAAAUUCAUAGAUGUAUAAUUCCUUUUAUAAUUUUUAAGAAUAAAGCUUAUGUUAGUAAUUUCAAAAUGACAAAUUAGGGACAUAACUGCUGAAAAAACAUAUUUUCAUUGUUAUAAUCAAAGCUUUAAACUUGAGUCAUGGCUGAAUUAUUACUUCGUUUAUGGCAUAAGGUGAAUUUUUAAAUAAAUCAUCCUUAAAGAAAACAACUAAUGACUGUAGAAUUCCUAUAGUUAAUUUUAAAAACAUUUGGGAAUGGCAACUUUUUUUUAAAAACAAAAUGAAAUUUUAUAAAUUUGAAAGUGGACCCCUUCAUCAAAUUUGAUGUCCUAAAAAAACAAACUCAACUUAGAAAGCCUUCCUGCAUUAAGUCUGUUCACACCUUAAAAACUAUGGGGAUGUCCACUUUGGUACUAGUUAUUUGAUUUUAUUAAUCUGUUGCAAAAAAUUCAAGCAGCCUGACACAAUAAUUUUCUCCUAAAAUACAAUGAUAAAUGUGUUUUUAAUAUUUCCUAAUAAGAUUUAAAUACAAUAGUUACUAUUAAGGAUAAUUUGUAAUUAAGUUUUUAAUUAUUUAUUUUUUAUAUUGACUGACUGAUUCUUAAUGUAAAUAAACUGUUUUGUUUUGUUUUUUAAACC